AUGAAGCUCAACUCUGUCGCCACCGCAGUAACAGCUGCACUCCUCGCUGGAACGUCUCAUGCCGAGGAUGCCGCCGCUCCAGAAGAAGCAUCCCCGUGGCUGUCAAUUUGCCAACGUUCGCAAUGGAAACCCUCUCAUGCAAAGAAGGAGACGAAGGGGGACGAAGAAGAGCAAUGGGCUUACGUUGGCGAAUGGGCUGUCGAGGAGCCUACUGUUUAUAAGGGCAUGGAGGGUGACACUGGGCUGGUUGUCAAGAAUGCAGCCGCUCACCAUGCUAUCUCGGCAAAGUUCCCCAAGACAAUUGACAACAAGGACAAGACGCUAGUGGUUCAGUAUGAAGUCAAGCUCCAGAACGGACUGGAGUGUGGUGGUGCCUAUCUCAAACUUCUCCGCGAGAACCAAGCUCUGCAUCAAGAGGAGUUCGCCAACACAACACCUUAUGUGAUCAUGUUCGGCCCAGAUAAGUGCGGUCAUACCAACAAGGUUCACUUUAUCUUCAACCAUAAGAACCCCAAGACUGGCGAAUAUGAGGAGAAACACCUUGUUACCCCUCCUACUGCCAAGAUAGUGAAGACAACUGAGCUCUACACCCUCAUCGUCCACCCCAACAAUACCUAUAUCGUCAAGCAAAAUGGCGAGGAAGUCAAGUCCGGAAGUUUGCUUACCGACUUCCAGCCCUCGGUCAACCCUGCACAAGAAAUCGAUGAUCCAUCGGAUACGAAACCCGAAGACUGGGUUGACGAGGCACGCAUCCGGACCCGGACGCACAGAAACCCGAAGACUGGGAUGAAGAUGCGCCUUACGAGAUCGUCGACGAAGAAGCCACGAUGCCAGAAGACUGGCUCGAGAAGGAGCCAACCUCAGUUCCCGACCCCGAAGCUGAGAAGCCCGAAGACUGGGAUGACGAGGAAGACGGCGACUGGAUCCCCCACCGUACCCAACCCCAAAUGCACAGAGGUUUCUGGUUGCGGUCCUUGGACUAAGCCAAUGGUGAAGAACCCCGACUUCAAGGGAAAAUGGUCUGCCCCCAUGAUUGAGAACCCUGCGUAUAAGGGACCUUGGGCUCCGCGAAAGAUCGCAAAUCCCGACUAUUUCGAGGACAAAAACCCUGCGAACUUUGAACCUAUGGGUGCUAUCGGUUUUGAGAUCUGGACGAUGCAAAACAACAUCAUGUUCGAUAACAUCUACAUCGGCCACUCGGUUGAGGAUGCUCAGAAACUAGCCGAUGAAGCUUGGAAGCCCAAGCGUGACGCCGAGAAGCUCUUGGAAGAGGCUGAGAAGCCCAAGGAGGAUCCGAAGCCCAGGUCUCCCCUAGACCUCAGUUUUACCGAUGAUCCUGUGAACUACAUCAAGGAGAAGGUUGACCUCUUCAUUACACUUGCAAAGAAGGACCCCUUGCAAGCUAUCCAAUUUGUUCCCGAGGCUGCCGGGGGCCUAGCUGCUCUUGUUCUCGGACUUGUUGCUAUCAUCAUCAGCCUCGCCAGCCAGGGUGCUACCGCGCCUGCCAAGAAAACUGAUAGUGUCGGCAAGGCUCCCAAGGACAAGUCGACCAAGGGAACAACGACAGGCGCUGAUACGGGCAAGCCCGAGGCUACAAAGCGCAACACCCGCAGUCAGCAGUCGUAA